AUGGAGAGCUGCAACCGUAAGGCUUGUAAGGCUUGGUUAAUGGGAACACUGAUCUUGUUCUCAUCAUGUGCCACACUGGUGGCCGGAACCAUCGACUGUGGGAUAGUGACGACGCUCGUCUCCACCUGUACCAACUUCAUCACUUACGGCUCGCCGGACCCCUUCCCGGGAUCACCGUGCUGCGACUCCAUUCUAGCGCUGGAUCACAUGGCCGACUCAUCAACCAACAAUCGCCAAUCUGUGUGCAGAUGCUUGAUGUCUCUCAUAAGUCCUUACAACCCAAAUUCCACAGCUAUCGCUACGUUACCUGGAUUGUGCGGCAUCUCUCUUGGCUUUACCAUUGAUCCUAACACUAACUGCAACUAG